AUGGUUAUAGGGUUACCUGGCAUUAGCUGCAUUAUUGCUGUGAUAUCCAACUAUUUUGCACCAGUGUCUGAAUACAAGAUGUCUGUGGUGGGAGAUUUUGACUACGAGCGCUUUUGCCAAGAGCGCAACCCACCCCUGUCGCAUGGUCCGCUGUCGUUGCCCAUGCAAAGACCUCCACCCGAGUGUAGAACAUUCCGCAGCCGAGUUAUUGAUCAUGAGGUUGAGCAGAUGAAAGCCAAGUUACGAAACAUUCCGGAUCUUGCUCGGUUGUUUGAAAACACCUUCCCGAAUACCCUCGACACUACCAUUCGAUUCCACGAUUCCGGAUCUUCUCCUAUAACAUUUGUUGUCACUGGCGACAUUAAUGCUGAAUGGAUUCGUGAUUCGCAUCGUCAAUUGAGCCCAUACACGCCCUGGGCAUCUCAGGACAAAUCCCUCCGCCAAUUGCUGCUGGGAGCUAUUGCGCUGCAUGUGCGGUAUGUACGACGGUUCCCGCAUUGCAAUGCAUUUCAGCCGCCAGUUGAAGCUCGGCUACCAAUUAGAAACAAUGGACAGAACGACAAUGUGUUCCCGAACUAUGAUCCGUCUUUUGUUUUCGAAUGCAAGUAUGAGCUUGACUCGCUGGCUUCGUUCUUUGGACUGCCGAACGACUACUAUGAUGCUACUCAAGAUAAGUCGUUUAUGACAGGCCAAUGGCUUGAGACUGCACAGUUUGUUCUAGACAGAAUACAGGACCUUAGAGGUGGUACUUAUGAUGAAUUUGGAAGGGUAGCCCGUCCACCCUACAUGUUCAAAAGGAAAACGGACAUCGGAACAGAGACAUUGCCAAACAAUGGCCAAGGAAAUCCCGUAAAGAAAACAGGAAUGGUGAGGUCCUUUUUCAGGCCCUCUGACGAUACGUGCGUUUAUCAGUUUCUCGUGCCAGCGAACGCCCAAUUUGUUGUUGAGCUGGAACGGCUGUCCAAGUACGCACCGUCAGAAUUAGCAGAGCGAGCUGCUACUAUGGCAAGCGAGAUCCGGGAAGCAAUUUAUAGACACGGAGUUGUUAACCACCCAGACUAUGGCGACGUUUUUGCGUAUGAGGUUGACGGUUAUGGCAGCUCACUUUUCAUGGACGAUGCCAACGUCCCAUCUCUUCUUUCGCUGCCAAUUCUGGGAUUUGUAGGGAUCGACGACCCUCUGUACCAGAACACGAGAAGAAUGGUUUUGUCGCCUGCAAAUCCCUACUUUAUUACCGGGCCCUACUUUGAAGGAAUCGGGGGACCCCAUGUUGGGCUUCGUAAUGCUUGGCCAAUGAGCCGAAUUCUGGCUAUUCGAACGUCCAACGAUGAAGAGGAGAUUGCCCAACACCUGAAGGCAGUUCUGGAAUCAACUAGAGGCCUUGGCCUCAUUCACGAAAGCAUCAAUGUCGACACAAACAGUUUCACCAGGCCAUGGUUUUCGUGGGCCAACGCCGAGUUUGCCAAAGCGAUUAUUGAUUUAGACGAGCGACGAAUUCUAUCUAAAGUUUUAUCUUUGCUAUAA